AUGACCAAACCUGAAUGUCAAUACUGCAGCCGACUGUUCACGACCAAGAACAAUCUGAAUAGGCACAUAAACAACGUGCACAAGAUCAACAAUGCUCAGCCAAAAUUCGACUGCGAUCAGUGCGACAAAAGGUUCUUCACGUUGAAGGAACUCAAGUUGCAUCACGUUAGCGAGCAUUUUUUCAAGCCGGAGUACGAGAAGCAUGACUUUCCGACAAUGGCAGAAUUCAAGUCAUGGAAAGAAGAAGUAGAAAAGGACACUCGCAGCCGUUUCGUUGCAACAGGAAGUAAAUGGAAAAGCAGCUCCUCAGGAAAGAAACUUUCCUACUUCAUCUGUCACCGGUCUGGAGGUUAUGUUUCACAAGCUUCAGGGAAAAGAAGGGCAAAGCGGCCCUCGACCAUCAGAUGUGGGAAAAGAUGCUUUGCAGCAAUGAAUGUGACAGAAAACAGCAAUGGUGUGAGUGUGACAUUCCAAUCCAAGCACAGGGGCCAUGACUUUGAACUGAACAAUGUGUUUCUGUCUAAGUCGGAAAGAGCUACUAUAGCAGCCAAGCUGCGAGAAGGUGUGACCAUGGACGCACUAUUGGAUGAUGUGCGGUCCAACCUGGAUGAUACAUUCCACCGCGUCAACCUGUUAACCAAGCAGGACCUCCACAACAUAAUGAGGGAUGCCAAAAUUUCAAACACAGAACGCCUCCAUGCCAAUGACUAUGUUAGCGUGCAGCUGUGGGUGGAAAGCAUGCAUGAAGAAAAGGAUAAUCCAGUGCUCUUCUUCAAACAUCAAGGGCAACCUGACAGGUGCGAUGUCCUUGACAGAAGAAAUGAGGACACCUUGGAUGACAAGGACUUUAUGUUAGUCAUAAUGACAUUACCACAACAAGACCUGUUCAGAAAGCUUGGGACCGAUCGUGUAUGUGUCGAUGGAACACAUGGAACAGCAGGCUUUGACUUCCAACUAGUCACGGUGCUCUGCGUAGAUGAAUUUGGAAAUGGAUUCCCUGUGGCCUAUUGUAUCACAAACCGCACAGACCGAAAGGCCAUGCUGAGUUUCUUCCUGGCAAUAAGAUCCAAGACAGGCCCUGUCACUGCUAAGGUCUUCAUGACUGAUGACGCACCAGCAUUUUACAACGCCUGGCAGGAGAUCAUGGGGCUCCCUCAACACCGCCUACUGUGCACAUGGCAUGUCGAUAAAAACUGGCUGGAAGCCAUAAACAAGCGCAUUCAUGACAAGAAUUUGAGAGCCUUCACCUACAAGUGCAAGGUGUGUGUACACAAGAUCACAUGUUCCUGUAGAGACAAUGAACUGCGGAGAAACCUGUGCAAGCACAUUCAUGCCGUCAUGACCGCAGCAGCAAGGAGCAGUGAGCCAGGCUAUGGCAACAGCAACAUGGACCCAGCAGAAACACCGGACAUAUCACAG